UGAUUAAGCUUGAUACGACAAGACCUUAAAUGCUAAACGAAACAAGAGGUUAUGUUAUAUUAGAAAUUAAUUCGUCUGUCCUAUCUCCCACCGAAAAAAAUUAUUUAUCACGUCCGUUGCACAAUUGCGAUAUCGUGAUACGGCAAGAAAUCGUGUCUUAAAACUACAUAGAGAGCGAGUUUUCGACAUAACAUGAUAGCUGUAUUGACCAGGCGAGCGUGUGGAGGGGAUCACAUUCGAAAGUGCAUAUCGCGCAUUCUGGAUCGCAGAGAUUUAUCCGCCGCUGUCUCGAGAAAAAUCAAGAUGAGUAAACUAUCUCUGGAAGAAAGAGAGCAAAACUUGAGCUCAUUGCUAUCAACGGGAUGGACUGUCCAAGCGAACAGAGAUGCAAUCUACAAGGAGUUUGUAUUCAAAAACUUCAAUGAGGCCUUUGGAUUUAUGACAAGAGUAGCUUUACAGGCUGAAAAAAUGGACCACCAUCCUGAAUGGUUCAAUGUUUACAAUAAAGUAAAUAUUACUUUGUCGUCUCACGACGUGAAUGGAUUGUCACAGAGGGAUGUAAAACUGGCGACCUUUAUAGACAAGGUUGCUGCUCCUACUAGCAACUAAGUUUGAUUCACCUAUAGAUCUGUCAGAGCUCCAUCUGUUGUACACUUAUUAUGCGUGUGUU